GGGCCUGCGCAAGCCACAAGACAAAUCAGCACCGCACCGCAUCUCCCAUCCAUUGCCGGCAACGCAAUGAUCGAUCGCUGCGCCGUCAAUGUCGCCGCCGUAUGAGUCGUCCCGUCGUCGCGGGGUAUGGAGCCACUGGGUGCCCUUCGCCGUAACCGUUACGGUUGCCACGAUCGGCGUCGCCGCCUGGGUAUGGAGCCAGCGCAAGGAUGACGACCCUGAGGACCCGGAGCAGGAGCAGGACCUCGACUAUGAGAAUGCCGACUAUGGCGACAACCCUCCGUACGGCGCAAGCGGAGACGGCGCCGACCCCAAAGCCCCCGCGUUCGGUGGCGCGCAGUCCCGCUCCGGCGACGCCGCCUACGGAUCAACACAGCUGCAGACAGAAUCGUUGAGCUCAGGGUGGGCGACGUUGCGCCGCACUCCGAGCCCGCAGCAGUUCUUUGACAGCGCCAAGAGGACUGUCGCUGCGGGUAUGACUGCCGCCGGCGCAGCUGUGGGAAGCGCCCUGGCAGCCAUCAGGGAGGAAGACAAGGUGGCAUAUGCUGACCAUGAGACCUGGUCCGAGGAGGCCGACGCCAAGAAGGACCGGGCUGUCGCGCCGUCUCAGAGCAAGGAUGCCAGCAAGCGCCGGAAGAAGGUUGCGAUCGUCGUUUCGGCUGAUAGCCGCCUGGACAAUAUAGAUGCCGGCGGGUUUCACGAGCACGCUUCCAUCCUCUCCCACAUCCCCCGUCAACUGGAUCACUCUAAAAUCAAACUCUAUGUGCUCAUCUACGCGCCGAGCCUGAAGGACUCGGCAUUGGAUGCGUCUACGAACCUCCCGCCUCCCUCACUGAGCUCCUCAUUUUCCAACAUCGACCACCCCCAGGCCCAGACAAGCGAGGAGGCCAAGAGCCCUCUGGCUGGCCCAGCGUCCGCCGACCCGGCUUACAACGCCAUCUACGCACAGGCCCAAGGGCUUGUCGAGAAGGACAGCAUGAUUCUCACCUUCACAUCACCCAAUGGACACUCAUACAUCCUGCGCCACAUCCAGCCCGAGGUUGUCUAUCUGCAGGAGUCGCUCGCCGGCGACAACGGCAGCGUCGUCGCGAACAUACAGACGUGGCUCAGACAUGACAUGAUCCUGGUGGUGGGCGCCGAGAGCGGCCACGGCGGGCUCGCGGACAGCGAGUCGGAGGCCGAGAAGCCCGGCAAGGAGAAGGAGCUCUGGUGGCACAGAGAGGACCGCGUCGGCAGAGGACGCGGCGUGGUGGUGGUGGACAGCGUGAGGGUCCAGGAUGACUGGGCGCGGCGCGUGUUGGGCAAGGAGUAAAAAGAAGGACAUGAUGUCAGGAUUACGAGCAUGUUUUGGUUGGCGGCUAUGAUGGACUGAUGGAUUGAUUCCCCCGAUGUAUCUCGAUUUCUGUGUUAUAUUGUUAAUAGCCUGAGAUGAGCCGAGUUCCAUGCUUCCUGGAAGAGUG